CGCUUCCUUCGCAGGAGGAGGAAGCCAGGCCUACCGGGAGCCGGCUGCUCGGCCGCAUGUCGCCUGGAGGGGGAGACGGAGGCCCAGGAACCCCGCUGGAGCCCUGACGGCGGCAGCGUGCCGGGGGGAGCACCCUAGGACCCCGAGCUCGUCUUCGCCCUGACGCGGACGGCCGCUGGUCGGUGCGUGACGCGAGGGGGAGGCCGGGCCGGGGCGGGGCGAGGCGGCAGACGACCGAGUCGCCUAGGUCCAGGCCCAAGGCCCGGCAGCGCUGCGGCCGCCCGGCCUGGGAGCAGAGCUCCCCUUUGCCACCAUGGCCAACAUCAACGAGCUGCCCGAGAACAUCCUGCUGGAGCUGUUCACCCACAUCCCCGCCCGCCAGCUGGUGUGUAACUGCCGCCUGGUCUGCAGCCUCUGGCGAGACCUCAUCGACCUGGUGACCCUCUGGAAGCGCAAGAGCCUUCGGGACGGCUUCAUCACCAAGGACUGGGACGAGCCGGUGGAAGACUGGAAGAUCUUCUACUUCCUGUGCAGCCUGCAGAGGAACCUCCUUCGGAACCCAUGUGCUGAAGAGAACAUGAGAUCGUGGCGGAUAGACUCCAACGAUGGGGAUGAGUGGAAAGUGGAGAGCCUCCCUGGGGACCACGGCACAAACUUCCCUGACCCCACAGUCAAGAAGUACUUUGUCACCUCUUAUGGCAUGUGCCUCAAGUCCCAGGUGGUGAACCUCAAAGCCGAGGGCUACUGGGAAGAGCUGCUGGACACCUUUCGGCCAGACAUUGUGGUUAAGGACUGGUUCGCGCCCAGAGCGGACUGUGGCUGCACCUAUCACCUCCGCGUACAGCUGGCCUCUGCUGACUAUAUCGUCUUGGCCUCCUUUGAGCCUCCACCUGUGACCAUCGAACAGUGGAAUGAUGCCACGUGGAAGGAGGUCUCCCACACCUUCUCUGAUUACCCUCCCGGCGUCCGCCACAUCCUUUUCCAACACGGGGGCCAGGACACCCAGUUCUGGAAAGGCUGGUACGGACCUCGAGUCACCAACAGCAGCAUCAUUAUCAGCCACAGGACAGCCAAGAACCCCGCCCCUGCCAGAACUCUGCCAGAAGAUAGUGUAGUAAUGGGGGGAAGACACCCAGCUUUGGCCCCGGAAGCCAUGAUGGAAGACUUCUAACAGCCAUCUUUCUGCCUCUGCUGCGGGCCGCCAAUCGGUCCCUCCUGGCAAGCACUAAACCCUUAGUGGGCAGUGAGGCCCCCAGUCCCAUGAGCACCUGCCCAUCAGCUCAGUGGUGACGUGCAGUCACAAAGCUCUGACAUUUUGUUGUAAUAAAUGUUUUCAGUAAAUC